ACCAGAUACAGCAAAUUUUGUUUCUACGGUUUUUUGUUGCAGUACUUUUGGCAUUUAAUUGGAUAAAAACAAGCCGCAAAGCUAGCAGAUCCCGAAACACACCAAGCACCAAAGAGGCGAAACAAAAUGGCAAUUGCCGAACACGAUAACGUCUUCAUCUUUGUGCCAAAUUUGAUCGGCUAUGCCCGCAUCGUUCUGGCCCUGAUCGCCUUCUGGUUCAUGUCCACCAACUAUGUGAUCUCCGGCUGGUGUUAUGUAACCUCUGCCCUCCUGGACGCCGUCGAUGGACACGCCGCCCGAGCCUUUAACCAAAGCACUCGUUUUGGCGCCAUGCUGGACCAGUUGACCGAUCGCUGCGGCACCACCGGCCUACUAGUCACCCUGGCCUACUUCUAUCCCCGGUACAUGUUCUGGUUCCAGCUGUCCAUCGCCAUCGACGUGGCCUGCCACUGGCUCUUCAUGCAGACGAGCGUCGUGGUCGGACGCAGCUCGCACAAGGUGAAUGACAACUUCAUAAUGCGAUUGUACUACCAGAAGGACAUACUCACAUUCAUGUGCUGCGUUAACGAGCUGUUCUACGUGUGCUUGUACCUCUUGAAUUUCACCUACGGACCGCUGAUAUUCGGCGCAUCGCUCUUCAAGAUACUCGCCUUCCUCACGGGUCCCUUUGCCGUGCUCAAGGCAUUGAUCUCGGUGAUGCACGCCUAUGUGGCGGGCAUCGAUUUGGCGGCCGUGGAUGUGCGCGAGCGGCAGGAGAGACGCCAGAAGUCGGAGCCGGUGAGCGGCAAGAAAUUGGAGUAAAUGGGAUGCGGUCCAGGAUCUUCCGGCGCCACAUCUAUCAACAAAAAGUACUAAACGAGACAACUCUUGAUUCCAAGCUAAAACAGAAUUUUGAAGACGAAUUGCGAUCAGAUGAAAUUUGGGCAUUAGGCAAAAUAGGCCAAAUAGGCCGUAGUAGGAUUUUGAUUAUUUUUUAAUGCGUUAUUGCAAAGAUUGUUGAUUUUAUUUGAUAUAUUUUAGUUAGACGGGUGGUGAAAUCACCCGACAAUAUGUAUUUAAUAGAUAUUUUAAUUGAAAUUCAAGCGAUUCGUUCCAGUCAGUAGCUGCUGCAUAUUUAUUUUGCCUUUAGUUAGCGUAAUUUACGAUUUCUGUGACGCUUACACGCGAUAUACAAAUAUACAUAUACUGAUGUAUAUAUUGCAUACAUGCAGGCCGAUA